AUGUUGCAUGCCAAAGGUGCGCUUCCGUGCUGGACGUCUCCCGUCAACGUGACGAGUACCGGCGAGGAAGUGACUAUCCAGGCGUACUGCAUGGAGAAGAACAUGGUUAUUGCUCCGUACGAAGACUUGGGUGACGAUGUGACGAGGUAUCCUGACUGUAUUCCCGGAGUACAGCGGUCUACUACUUACUUCCUCCUCUCUGACACCUAA